GCGAUCAGAGCAGCCGCCGACGCGCUGCAGGACGGCGAAGAGGAGGUGCGGGGCGCGGCCGUGGCGGCGCUGGUCCAGGUCGGUGCCGGGAGGCGUACGGCCGUCGACUCCGCGGCGGAGCUGCUCUUGCACGCUGCUGGGGAGGACGCAGGGGACCGCCAGCAGGCCGAGAGACACGCCCGGCGGCACCGGCUGUACGGCCCGCGACCUGCGUCCAGGGUGGCGGCGUCCUGGCCGGCGUCCGGGAUGGCUGCGGCCACGGUGCCGCUUCCAGGUCGGCGCCGAGGGCCCCGCCGCAUGCGCCACCGGUUCCGGUGGAGCAUCGCCUGGUGCAGCAGCUGGUGGAGCCUGGGGCGGUCGGGCCUCAUGGAGCUGCAGGGGCCUGCCGGAGCGCGGCGCCGAGCCGUGGGGCUGGGCACGGGCGGGUUGCGGGCGGCCGCGCCAAUCGCCCUCGCCAUCGGCAUGGGCUACCGCCUCGUGGACACCGCGGCCUUCUACGGCAACGAAGAGGCCGUCGGCCAGGCCAUCCGACAGGAGGUGUCGGCGGGGCGCGCGCGGCGGGAGGAGCUGACCGUGACCACGAAGGUCUGGUGGACCGAGCUGGGUUUCCGGAGGUCCGCGAGCUCCUUGGAGGCCUCUCUGGAGCGCCUGGGCCUCGACUUCGUGGACCUCGUUCUCGUGCACUGGCCUGGCCGCUGGCUCUCCUCGGACCGCCAGGCGCAGCGCGAGGGCCGCGUGGGGGCGAUCGGCGUGUCGAACUACCUGACCGAGAAGCGUCAGAUGGCUCGUGUGUCCAUGCCACUGUCUGCUCCUCGGCGGACGCGGCAUCUGGACGAGCUCUUCGAGUACUGCGACGUCCCUCCGGCCGUGAACCAGAUCGAGCUCCACCCCUACCGCCAGCAGCGCCAGCUCGCCGCCGAGUGCCACGCGCGCGGCGUGCGGGUGCAGGCGUACUCGCCCCUGGCGUCCGGCGGCCAGGGCCUGCUGCGCGACCCCGUGCUGCGAGCGAUCGCCGCGCGCGCGGGCGCCUCGCCCGCGCAGCUCGUGCUGCGGUGGCUGCUGCAGCGAGGGGUUGCGCCCAUAUCCAAGUCGGGGUCGCCCGCGCGGCUGGGGGAGAACCUCGCCGCGGCCUCCGGCGCCCCGCUGCUCAGCGCGGCGGACCUUGCCGAGGUGGACGCCCUGGACCGCGGCUCCGCGGGCUGCUGCGAUCCCACGGCUGCGCUGCUGGGUGGUGAGGGCGUGACCAGCCCGGCAAGGAUAGCGUGAGCAGCAUUCGGGGCUCAAGAUACGGAGGUCAAUGCAGACGGGGUUCAGCCAGCGCGCGAAAUCUUGCGGGAUCCUGCGGAGCCAGGAUCAUCGUGACCCGGGUUUGGGUGCAGGAUCCUGCGGGAUUUGGCAGGAUCUUGCAAGGCCUGACUUGGGCUUAGAUAGGCCCGGGCC